AUGUCUGACUAUAUAAGCUUUGCAUUCAUGUUCAUGUUGGAGAUGUACCGACGUCUUCAAAAGCGUCCGGGGACCGCCGCAUCUUCUGCUAAAGUGUGGAUCGACGGCGAGAUCAUCGACGAAGAUUAUAGCAGUGACAGAGUCCCGGAUGAUGCUCUGGCAAUCAUGCCUUAUCAUAUUAUAAAGGCAACAGAAUACCUGAUGGUGUUUCAAGCCUCAACGGAUAUACAGUUUGUCUGUGAGACACUGGGAAGCCUGUGCAAGAAGUGGUUCCUCCAGUUGUAUCAGACAAAGAACAGACGGACGCCCAUCUGGCAGCACUUACAGGGUUCUGAUGUUCCAUACUAUCGGCUGGGGGAUCAUGUGUGGAUAUGGAAGGCGCUGAAAGGCAUCAAGGAAGUAUUGAUUAGGCUAGAAUCUCAACACGAUGACCCGGCAGCCAUAGAUACAAAAAGUGCAGUCCUCGGUGAUUUUUUGAAGCUGCGAGAGCGAAUGUUCACCCUGAUGGCCGAGAAGCGCGGGAGACGUCAAGCCACCCCCGCAAAUGAGCGCGAGCAGAACAUCUAUUUCAACUCAGAAGAUCUACAGAAGGAGGGCAUCAAGCGGUUCACCGUUCGAAACGAGGUCUUCAACAAACGCAUGCUGAGUGUUACUCGCAGUGCCAACGAAACGCGGUUUCUGCUCCAUUCGCGGGAUACCGUACUGUACUACGGUGCCUUGUGGGGUUUCUUCGAGGACCAAGAAGACCUGCUUCAUGAGACGCUGGAAAUUCAGACGAGACACGAAGACAGCCUGUGCGACGAGGUGGAGUGGGCCAAUCCCCUUCGGUAUGGACUGGCUCUACUGUGGUCUCUUCAGGGGUAUCGGCUGACAUGGGGAAACUCAUCUGGCCAAAUGAGCACCAAGGAGAUUCUGCGCAGGGUUGAGCAAGACUCUCGACCCAGUGCAUCGGAAAUGAGUGAAGAUCUAUACUCGACCAUGAGCUUCAAGAACAGAAAGCAAGAGCUAUUGGAUGAAACAUUCCAGGUUCUACGCAGGGUGAAAGACAGUAUCACCGGGGUCCGGACGUUGAUAGACGACUGGAGACAGCGGGAGAGCUCCCAGGGGCGAGAAAGGCCCCGCUGGACCCGUCGCGAUGAGCAGCGGCAUGGCAUGCUUAUUCGAAAACAGACUAAUGAGUUGGCCAAGCAUGACCGCGAGGCGAGGGAUGUUACUCGCUUCACCUACGCCACCGUCUUCUUUCUCCCGGUGGGGCUUGCAGUCAGUAUCUUCAGUAUGAGCGGGCCGCUGGACCAUACAGCCAUUCUCGGCAUGAUAAUCACUGCAAUCGUCGCCUUGGUGGUCACGGUGGCUUUCUUAUGGCUUGUCAUCCGAGUUCCAACACAAGUAUACCCACAGAGUCAAGGCAUUGGCUCGCCGGUGAAGGUUUUCCUGGCUAGAAAGGCGGGCGAGUUGGCCCACCUGCUUGGGGUGCAAGACACGAGCAAGCCAACCAAUGCCAGUCAGGAUCCAGUCGACGAGGCGGACACAGAUGAGAAAGAAACGGCUCAAUCUAGCCACCGGAGCAUGUUUCGUGGUAUAUAUGAUAAGAUAGCUGGUUUCUCGGGCUUGAGACAUCAACACGCUGUACAGGAGCGCGAGGGUGACGCCCAAGCUUAG